UAAUGAGUAGGCUAUAAGAGCUACUUGAAAAAUAUACAACAGUGGAGUAAUGGUAUAACAAAAUCAGGAGACUUUUACAGAACCAGAAUGAUUCUUGGAGCAUUCUUGACAGAGAUUGUGGUAGCAUUCUGCCUUGCUGCAACCUUGUUGUAUAAAUAUGGAAAUAUUUUUCGACAUCAUAUCAUUGUUACAGUUUCUGUGCUUAUAGCAUGGUACUUUUCAUUGCUAAUAAUAUUUAUACUACCUUUAGAUGUUUCAUCAACUGUUUUCAGACAGUGUGUUGAACAAAAUAUUCAUAAUACUAGUAAAACAAACCCUGAAAGUACAACAGUAGCACCAUUUCACACUUGUAAAGAACCUUGGCCUAAUGUUCCAGAAAGUGUGUUUCCAAAUUUGUGGAGAAUUGUUUAUUGGACUUCACAAUGUUUGACAUGGUUAAUAUUACCACUUAUGCAAUCUUACAUAAAGGCAGGAGAUUUUACUAUUCAAGGAAAAUUAAAAUCUGCUUUGAUUGAUAAUGCCAUAUAUUAUGGGAGUUACUUGUUUAUAUGUGGUAUUCUUUUAAUAUACAUAGCAUUAAAACCUGGCUUAGAUCUUGAUGGCCAGAAGUUGAAAGCUAUAGCAUCAUCUGCAUCCAACACAUGGGGUCUGUUUUUAUUAGUAUUAUUACUUGGAUAUGCACUUGUAGAAGUUCCUCGUGGACUAUGGAAUGCUAGUAAACCUGGAUAUACCCUAAAUUAUAGCUAUUUUAAAGUUGCUAAAUUAAGUUUAGAUAAAUGUGAAGCAGAAGAAACAGUGGAUGAUAUACUUGAGUCUUUGCAAGCUGCUACAGUGUCUAUUGGACCAGGACAUCCUUUUCAUUGUAAUUUGGAAACAAUUUUCCAAAAGAUUCCUGCAGAAUUAAAAGAUAGAAUGAAUAGAAGACAGUUACCUGAUGAUACACCAACUGAUACACCAUCAGAAAAAUCUUUAAUUCGUUUACAUAGACAAACUAUAAAAGCAUUACAGACAUUACAGCGUAUAGAAACUCAAUGGGGCAUUUUAGUUAAUAAAAUAAUCGAUUUAGAGGACAUAGCAAAAAAUCAAAUAAGUCACGACAGAAGAUUCAAAUCGACUUUUCCUACGCAUCGCUCAUUUCCACUUCGUGUCGUGUACAAUCCAGUUAUCGAAUGGUAUUGGAAAUGUAUUAUGAAGAGUUAUGUUCAAAAAAUAGCAGCCGUUUGUGCUGGUUGCCUUUCAGUAGCUGUAGUAUGGUCAGAAGUAACAUUUUUUAAUAAAUCUCCAGUGUUGUCAUUGUUUGCUCAGUUUCUGAAUCUAGCUAAAGAAAAUUACGAUUAUUUUACAAUCGAGUUAAUAUCAACGCUAAUAAUUGCAUAUCUCUGUUACUGUGCUUAUUCGACCGUUUUAAAAAUUCGUGUGCUGAAUUUAUAUUAUUUAGCACCACAUCAUCAGACUAAUGAAUACAGCUUAAUAUUUAGUGGUAUGAUGUUGUGCCGUCUUACACCACCUAUGUGUUUGAAUUUUUUGGGUCUCAUACAUAUGGAUUCACAUAUUAUAAAGACUCAUAUAUUGGAAACUCAUUACACUCAGGUUAUGGGUCACAUGGAUGUUAUUUCCAUUAUAUCUGAUGGUUUUAAUGUAUAUUUUCCAAUGGCUAUUUUAGCAUUUUGCUUAGCAACAUAUUUUAGUUUAGGAAGUAGAUUGCUUUCUAUGUUGGGUUUCCAACAGUUUCUCGAUGACGAUGAAUUUACAACAGAUAUUGUUGAAGAAGGUCGAGAAUUAAUCAAACGAGAGAGACGCAAGCGACAAAGAGCGGAAGAUUCAAUGUGUAGAAGACGUGAAUUUCAAGAAAGGUUUAGCAGCUCUACAAAUUCGUCUCGUUACAGAACAUCUCGACAAAGCACUGAUACAGUGCGACCGUUGAAACGGGACGAAUCAGUAGAAUCUGCAAGAGCUGGAUUGUUACGUGAUUUUGACCCCGCGGAAUAUUAUGUCGGCAUGACAUCCGGGACCUAUAGCUAUGGUGCAAAUAAUUGUUAUGAUAGAGAUUAUCAAACUGAUGAUUUUUACGAAGAACGUACAGACAAUGCAAGAGCAUUUAUUACGAACACAAAUCGUGUAGGACCUCCUCCAAGAGGAUUGUUCGAUGAUAUUUAAAUGAAAUAACGUUUAACAUCUGCUAUGUAAUGAAUUACAGGUGUGAGGUACAUUUGUAUUUAAAAAUACUCGUAAUCUAUCUGCUCUUGAUACAUGAUGAAAUUUUGCAUACAUAAAUUGUUAUUGUAAUUAAAUUGUCAGUUUAAAAAGCAAUCGUAAAGUUAAACUAAUAUACUAGUUGAAAAAUGUGAUUUUAAACAAAAUCUCAGUUUUUAGUACUUUCAUUUAUUAUUCAAUUUGACUAUAAAUAUUAAUAGAAGUUCAUAGAAUAUUGAUUUAUUUUAUUUAUGUUUAUACGUUUGUAUUUUUAACAAACUUACGAUUAAUAAAAGAGAUAAUAAAAUGGUUAAAAUAAUUUUAUUAUAAUAAUGUAACAUGUUAAAUUUUAUGCAGCAUUUGAUAACAUUUUUAACGUUGUAUGCAUAGAAAUAUAUGCAAAGAUAAAGUAUUAAGAGAAUUUUAAAUAGCUAACUAAGCUUCAAUUUAUCAGUCUCAAUCUAUUUUUUGUAAGCAACGUUGUCUUGAAUUCAAUAGUUUUUCUAAUACUUCUUAUUAUAAAUACAAGCACAGAUAAGCAGGUACUGUUUAACAUAACAUAACAUAACAGUAUAGUAGGAAAAGAAUAAUUUUUUAUAUUUAUGCAUGCUCUUGUAUUGCACAUUAUAAAAAUGCAAGUAAAGUAUUGAUUCGUUAUAUUUAGAAUAAUUAAUUGUAUCAUUAUAUAGUCUUAUAUAUAAACUAGUACUUAUAGUUCUAAUCACAUAUUGACAAAUAGUAUUGAAUAGAAAACUAUCCAUUUGGUAAUUUAUAUUUGUAUUGUAGAAGUACGAAAUAAUUCAAUAUUUGUUUAAACAGUUUAAUAGUGAAUGUGAAAAUGUGUUUAUCUUCGUUACAAAUAUUACACAUUGUGUAUUAUUAUUUUAAUAACAGAAUUUUAAUUGCUUUGAUAUAGGUUGAAUUUAAUUGUAAAUAGUAAAUCACUGUUUAUAUUAUUUGAUUUUACUAGGAUGGAAUUUAUUUAUUGCUGUAAGUUACACGUACAUAUGUUCUAUAUAGAUCAAUUUAUUUUAUAUUGUAAAAUAGAUAGAAAGAAAUAACAAUUAGAGCUUAAAGGAGGUCGGUUUUUUCUGUUAUGCAAAAUAAAAUUGUGUAUAUUAACUUUAUUGGGAAUAUUUAAUACACAAUAUAAAAACGAUUAACAAAACGUGUAUCUAAAAUAUGCGUGCAAUAUUAAUAGUAUCCACUAACAGAUAUUUCAUGUAUCAACAAGUAAUAAAAAUUCUUAAUAACCUUG